AUGCCCCUGGUGGACAGUCUUGGAGGUGCCAUCAGGAGGGUCGACGACUGCGAGAGCUUCCCCAGCAGCAGUGCUGAUGGCAACGUCACCGAGUACCUUGGCAUCCCGUUCGGCAUUGUAGGAAAGUCGGGGCGCUUUGCAGAGGCCGCCUUCGUGGAGUACCGGCCGGGCAUGGCGCUACGCCCUGGAGGUGUGCCCUCGUGUCCGCAGUACCCAUGGAGACCUUUGCCGAGGCUGCCGACAGUGGCCACGACUAACUCGGACGACUGCCUCUACCUCAAUAUAUGGAGACCCGGGCGCAAGGGCCACUUCCAGUUUGGUGGCGGAGGUACGUACGCCUUCUACGAGGGCCUUCACGCAGCGGCGCUGUGGGACGCCGUCGUGGUCGUUCCGGCGUACCGGGUGGGCGCCUUCGGUUUCCUGAACAUGCUCGUGCCCGACGCGCCCGGCAACGUUGGGCUGCUAGACCAGGCGCUUGCCAUUCGAUGGGUGCACAGGUAUAUCCACCAUUUUGGUGGUGACAGCCAACGCAUCACGUUGCUCGGCCAGGACGCCGGCGCCACAUCCGUCGGCUACCACCUGGCACGCAACGACACGCCGCCUAUACAACGAGCCAUACUAAUGAGCGGCUCGCCUUUCGUACCGCAGCCAGACAAUGCUGGUCAGCGUGCCCUACUGAACGGCAACGCCUUGGCCGAUGUCCUCGGCUGUAGCAGCAGGGGUAGCUUGCAGGACGCCUCCGAGCGGCGACGGGUGGUGGAGUGCCUGCGAAAGCGCAGCACAUCCGUCAUGGUGUUGGCCGCCGAUGAGUUGGCCACAAGCAGCGACACCAUUGUAUUUGGUCCCAGCAAGAACAGUGACUUUCCGUGGAAAUUGGCGGGCACCGUGCAGUUCGAGUCGAUAUUGAAGCACGUCGACUUCCUAGUGGGCGUCUCCAAGGAUGAAGGCACGUCGCACGUGUCGCAGUUGAUGCAGGCGUUCGGCCUAUCUGCAGACCAAACCCUAACACCCAGGAGGCUGCUCUCCAUGUUUCUGGCCUUCUUAGAGGCUUACGGAAUCCAUGACGUGAAGUCGGUGUUGCACCAUUAUGGCUUCGACGAUCCGAGCGUGAUGGAUGAGACGCUGGGCCAACUGUUUCUGCUGGAGAUGGCGCGUCCCGUGGGUGACUUUCUGAUCUACUGCCCUACGCUCUUCUUUCUGGAAGAAGCCGCACGCGUUGGUGGCCGAGUGUUCUUCUACGAGCUGGCAUACAACCCGAGCUACAGGACGUGGCCCGCUUGGCAGGGAGUACCGCAGUUCGUCGACCUCGUGUUAGCCACGGGUCUUAUAGCCCAACUGGACGCCUCGGCACGGGACAUGGCAAUCGCCCGGGACUUUUCCAGGAUGAUCGCUGGAUUUGCAAGGAGCGGGUACACUUAA